UGUGUCUGCUUGUGGAGAUUAUUCUCCAUGAAAACUUUCUCGGUGGCAGUAGAGCAGAAGUGUGGUACAGCUGUAUGACGAACAUCUGACACUUACUCACUGUUGGCUGGCCGGUCUCCAUUUCCACAGGGUAUUAGGACUGCUGGGUUAUGGGGCACUUGGUGCCGGAACAAUGACCAUUUAGUCCCGUUUUUCCCAUUGGAGGGGUGGGAUAUGGUUGGGGGGAUGAUUUUGUGAACCAAGCGGCAGGAAAUGGCUGAGGGAACGUUGGAGGUCAUGUUACAGAAUAAGCUUUCAUGAUGUCCAGCAGAUGUUAUGUGGCUCCUUUCAUCUGUGUAACACGCCAUACUUUCUGCUGGAAUGCAUGUCGUUUUACUCCCUGCUCUGGUGCCGUUUGAGCCUCACUGUUGGCAUUUUCACCGUGAGAGAGAUUUGUUAGCUGUAUGUGUGGGCAUUUGUUUAAACCUUAAGUCAAAGCCGGCCUGUUGUGCCACAGACGGUUGUGUAACUGCCUUUUAAAUGCUUAGCUUUCUAAUGAAGUUUCUUGGCUAGAAGUGACUUGAAUCGAAAACAGAGCAGCUUCUGCAUGUUUAAUUUUCCGUCUCUUUACAGUUAAGAAAGAUGCAGACGGGAUGGACGACAAGAAGGCAGGGCAAAAGAAGAAGGUCAAAGAGCUCAAGGUUCUCGACACCAAGGCGUCCCAGAACCUCUCCAUCUUCCUGGGUUCUUUCCGUCUGCCCUACGAGGAGAUAAAGAACGUCAUCCUGGAAGUGAACGAGAAGGUGCUCACGGAGUCUAUGGUUCAGAACCUGCUGAAGCAACUUCCUGAGCAGGAGCAGCUGAACGUGCUGGCGGAGAUGAAGGAUGACUAUGAGGACCUGGCAGAGUCCGAGCAGUUUGGAGUUGUGAUGAGCGCCGUGAAGCGGCUGAAGCCGCGACUCAGUGCCAUCCUGUUCAAGCUUCAGUUUGAGGAACAGAUGAACAACAUCAAGCCGGACGUGGUCUCUGUCACGGCGGCGUGCGAGGAGCUGAGGAAGAGCAGCAACUUCACCCAGCUACUGCAGAUCAUCCUGCUGGUUGGGAAUUACAUGAACGCCGGGUCACGCAAUGCAGGCGCCUUCGGCUUCAGCAUCAGCUACCUCUGCAAGUUGCGGGACACCAAGUCUGCGGAUCAGAAGAUGACCCUGUUGCACUUCAUAGCUGAUAUGUGUCAGGAGCAGUAUACUGACAUCAUGCACUUUACGGAGGAGCUCAUUCACGUGGAGAAGGCCAGCAAAGUGUCGGCAGAGACUCUGCAGAAGAACAUCGACCAGAUGGGCAAGCAGAUCAAAGACCUAGAGAAGGACAUUGAGACUUUCCCACCCCCUCAGUGCGACAAGGAUCUGUUUGUGGAGAAGAUGACCAGCUUUGUUGGCAAUGCACGGGAGCAAUACGAAAAGCUUGAUCUCAUGCAUCAAAACAUGAUCAAGCAGUAUGAGGACCUGGGCAAGUAUUUUGUCUUUGACCCCAAGAAGAUGUCAAUAGAGGAGUUCUUUGGCGACCUCAACAACUUCUGUAACAUGUUCCAGCAAGCAGUCAAGGAGAAUCAAAAGAGGAAGGAGGCUGAGGAGAAGAUGCGGAGAGCUAAGCUGGCCAAGGAGAAGGCUGAGAAGGAGAAGGAGGAGAAGCAGAAGAAGAGUCAGCUCCUGGACAUCAAUGCAGAUGGUGAUGAGACGGGCAUCAUGGAUGGCCUGCUGGAGGCGCUGCAGUCGGGAGCAGCCUUCAGGAGAAAGAGGGGUCCCCGGCAAGCCGCCAACCGGAGAGCUGGCAAUGCUGUGACCUCCAUCCUGGCCAAAGAGCUGCUGCAGGACGACACCUCAAGCACUCCCAAGAAGACCAAAAAGGAGGAGAGCAAGGCAGAGGUCCUGCAAGAGGCUGACCUGGAGCUUGAUCUGCUGGAGGACGCCCCAUCCCGUGCCAGUUAAAGAAGCGCCUUUUAACUGCUGGUCUGAGAGAGAUGGAGGGGCAAUAGAUAGACAUACUUUUGGUCAUUUCAGUAGGCUGCCUCCUACAUCCCCUUUGUGUAACUGUUACUGCGUCUUCCCCUUAACUCCAGCACAUGCUGAUUUUUCCACUACGCCUUCGACUGGCUCUAGAGUAGAUUUCUCCGUAGCUCCUGCUCCAUAACAAGAGCAGGCACCACAUCAAUCUCACUUUUGUUCUCAUUCUCUUGUAAUGCACUUUUUUCUUCCUCUGUCGCUCUGUCAUCUCUCGUAGUCCUAUUCCGACGUGCCUGACAGACGCAUGCGUGUGUGAGACAGGCAGCCUGAAUACUUCUCCUCUUGGGGAGAGCUCGGUGGAAUGGACCAUACAGCAGACGGUAGUUUCCAACGGGUCUGGUUAGUUUUAACAUCAUACCGCUGCACCUGCUUGUAUCUGUGUACAACUAUACAAGUGCAAAGUGCCACGAUUCCACAGCCGUCACCUGCAGUGUGUCCCUGACACAGUGAUACACGACAGGGCCCCCCCAUUUGCUGUGACAUCUUCACCACCUUUUGUAGCUGUCAAAGGGCUGGAUCAUCAACACAGUUUGAAUGUUUUUUUUUGCCCCCCAUGAUAAUCUUCAGUAUGGGGAUGUUAUUGUUGCUGAUGUUCGUUGAGCAUAGCGCACCUUAACACUGCUCUGCUCCCCUGGCACUGCAGUGGCGGGCCCCUCUCAAGGGCCCUGGAUGUUCUGUUACUUCGCUAUCAUUUCUGGUCAGCCGCUGUCGCUGUAGAAACAUGGUGUCCCUGGAUAUUACUUUGGAAGGAGUAGUGGUCACUGGGAAAAAAAGUGCUUGUACAGUUACUGAGGAUUAAAAGUGGUCACUGCUGACCUAGCACUGGGGUGUCCUCUCCCUCACUGCCCUUAAGUCAACCCCCUGAAGUGCACUUAGGAAUGGGAAAACAGUCACAGCAACUGUAGUUGAAGCAUCUCGUAAGACCCUGAUCCAUGACAAGGCUGGGCCUUCACUACACCGGUGAAGGGUUCAUAUCUUGUUAACAUUUUUUACUUUUUAGGGGUCUCUGUGGGAUCUGAUAGCCAUACAGACUAUGUUGGCUCAUCGAACUGGGACCAAUGUCAAAUCCAUGAUCUGUAUGUUUAUAGAGAGAACUAUGUAUGAACAACCUGAUAUCAGUGUUGUUCUCUAUACCCAGCACUGGCGACGUGCCUUGUCGAGAACACGUUUGUUGAAAUAUUAUCUAAGUAUUGUCUGCACGAUGCCAGUAGGAUGAUGCCAGUAAGGAAAUUAAAGAAAUACUGUAAUAUUUGGCUGACUUUCAGAAGCCAAAAAUGCUUGAUUAUUUUUUCUUUUAAAAUAAACUUUCUUUUCUAUACCAAUUUUUAUUCUGAAUAUUUUAAUAUAAGUAAUGGAUUCCAGUUGUGAUUUCACCAGGACUUUCCAGUUCACGGCGGUAUUAUUUGUAUAUUGAACUAUCUACUGUACCUAGACACCCUGUUAAGUUGAUAUUUUCCAAUCCCAUACAAUAAAGUGUCUUGAAUAUUGUGUA